AUGCUCCCCGCGUUGGAUCUCUCGUCGGUGCUGCAACUCGCGAUCGCGCUGCUGCUGACGCUCUCCGGGGGCCUCCUCCUCGUCAAGCGGACCGCGUCCAGGUUCUUCGUCGUCGACGCUAGCUUCGAGGCCGGAUCUUCGCCCUCCGGCUACGAGCCUAAGGUCGGGAUGUCGAGGGGCGGACGAGGAGAAGGAGGAGGCAGUGGCGAUUGCAGUUGCUGUGGGAAGCAGGGGACCAAGAAAUGCUCCAGGUGCAAGAGGGUGCAAUAUUGUUCGAUAGCAUGCCAGACAAAGCAUUGGAAAACUCUUCACAUGUUUGAAUGCAAAAAAUUGAAGUUGUCAGAGUCGGAAGAUAAGGCUGACAUUGUUUUAUCAGGCAAUGGUUCUUGCAGAAGAAGGAAAUCAUCUGGGUUGAGUUCUAUAUCAUUAGUCCCUGCUCGUGGGACCUACAAUAUCCUACAAAAACCAAAAAAAAUUCUUUUCCCCUAUGAUGAAUUUGUGAGGCUUUUUAACUGGGAGAACCCUGGAUUUCCACCUUGUGGGCUCUUGAAUUGUGGGAACAGUUGCUUUGCUAAUGUGGUUCUACAGUGUUUGGCAUGCACUCGUCCACUUAUUGCCUAUUUAAUAGAGAGAGAUCACAUUAGAGAAUGUGUUAGAAAACAUAAUGAUUGGUGCUUUCUAUGUGAGCUUCAAGUACACAUCAAAAGAGCUAGUGAAAGUUCAAACCCCUUUUCACCAUUAAAUAUUCUUUCUCGUUUGCCAAAUAUUGGUGGCAACCUUGGUUAUGGGAGACAGGAGGAUGCUCAUGAAUUUAUGAGGUUUGCAAUUGACACAAUGCAAUCUGUAUGCCUUGAUGAAUUUGGAGGUGAAAAGAUGCUUGAUCCCAGCACCCAAGAGACCACCCUUAUUCAUUAUAUCUUUGGUGGCUAUCUUCAAUCACAGGUAACGUGUACAAAAUGUAAUACCAUUUCCAAUCGGUAUGAGAAUAUGAUGGAUUUGACUGUUGAAAUCCAUGGGGAUGCUGAAUCUUUGGAGGAGUGUUUGGAUCAAUUCACUAUGAAGGAGUGGCUUGAUGGGGAUAACAAGUAUAAGUGCGAUGGAUGCAAUGAUUAUGUUAAGGCAUGGAAACGUCUUACAGUUCAUCAACCCCCAAAUAUCCUUACUAUUACUCUGAAGAGAUUCCAGAGUGGUCGGUUUGGUAAACUCAACAAGAGGGUCACAUUUCCUGAGAAUUUAAAUCUCACUCCCUAUAUGAGUGGCAGUAGUGAUGGAACUGAUCUGUAUGUACUAUAUGCUGUUGUUGUUCACGUGGACAUGCUCAAUGCUUCAUUUUUUGGCCAUUAUAUUUGCUAUACCAAAGAUUACCAAGGAAAAUGGUACAGAAUUGAUGACAGCAAGGUCACAGAAGUUGAAGUGGAAGAUGCACUUGCUGAAGGUGCUUAUAUGCUCUUAUACAGAAGAACCACUGUUCGGAAGGAGCCAUUUGUUAAGCAUGCAGAACCUCAGAAAACAAAGCAGUUAAUUGAGACACAUCCUAAGGUGGUUGACCACAGCUAUGCUUUUUGCAAUGGAUCUGACAAAGACUCCCAACCAAAUUCCUCGUCUGUUGUACCUACCGAGGCAAAUGAAGUGGAAGUCAUGGUCUUGGAUUCAAGAGCAAAUGGACUUGAAGGUUGCAGCCCUGAUCUGUUCCCUUCAACGCCUGAUAGAUCAAGCAUGGAGGCCAUGCAAUUGGAUCAUCAUCCUGCUACAUCUUCCACUGAAGCUGAUGCUGAUACAUGUGAAAUUCCAGAUGCCAGAAAUGAUGCAGGAUGUCAUGUUGUAGAAGACAGUGAAUCUACUGGUGAAUCAUCUAUUUCUCCAGACAACGAUGCUAUGAUCAUUGAGCCAUCUUCAAAUAUUCCCAUAACUGCUGAAAUUGUAGUUUCUAGACCUUCAUGCGAUUCAUUUGCUGAAUCAGAUCAUCCUUUGCAAACUUACAAUUCCUUGGAUUCAUCUAUUGAAGUUGAUAAUGUGGAUGCAACUUCUGUUGAUAAUGAAGGGAAUAAGGCUAUGCCAUUAAUCUGGGAAAACAAUUCCAGUGGGAAAAUCAAUACAGUAUAUUUAGGAGAGCAGUCUUUGGCCAGUGAAGGAGACAAGCCGAAGCAUAUACAUUCAGUUGCUAAUGUCUGCGAGGAAAAUAAGGAAAAUGGACACCCAAAUGGAUUUCCUAAGACUGAAUUUUUGGAUCAAGAUUCGGUGGAGAAAAACAAAAAUGUCACCUGCAAUAUGUCAUUGGUUUCUGGUGGUUUCCUGGAAAAGUCCAAUUCAAAAUCUUCAGAGAUGAAUACUGCCAGUGAAGCAGGCGAACAGAAUCCUGGGUAUCACUUAGCAGUGAUUGGUAGCAAGGGAAAUGGGCACUCUAAUGGGUAUCAUAGAACUGUAGUAUUGGAGCAAGGUUCCAUGGACAAAAGAAAAAUUGCUUCUAACGAUAUAUCAUUCAUGCCCCGAGGCUUCCUGCAGAAAUCUUAUACAAAAAAUUCAGGGAAGAACAGGUUAAGAGGAUCCAAGAAAUUUGCCCACCCACAGGAAGCCGAGUGCAAUGGUUCCAAUGGGCAUGUUUGUGGUUCAACUAUUGCGGAAACGGAAUUCAGACCUGAGGCUCCCUGCUCCAAUGGAUCUAGCUUGACUCAUACCAAUGGCUCCAUCUCUCCCAGUUCCACAUUCGGCGAAAAUGGGAAUGGCAAAUGCAAGGAUGGACCACUUAUUUCAAUGACCUCGAGGAACAAUGAGAAGCUAUCGGCAUCUGUAAGUGAGCACAAGAAGCUAAAUAAGUUGGCCAUCUGUGAUGCUAACAUAAGCGCCGAUGAAUUUAGUAAUAACAUCCAGUGAUUUAAUUCCCAAAGCAUUUGGCAAGCACGUCCCCUUCGUCAAUAACUUGAUUUGAGUUCUAACCAAAGUAGACACUACUGGAUUCCCCUAACCAAGACAGAAUCAGAUUCAUCCCUCCUUACUAGAUUUGCAUGGUACUUCAAUUCCACCACUGGAGGUGGGUCUCUCUGGGUUUCCAUACAACUCCAUGGAGGCUCAGAAGCUCCACCCGUGUCGCCAUGGUAUUUCUUGUCAUAUUUUCAGUUCGUCAUCAUUUGUUCUUCUAUUGUUGAAGAGGAAUAAGAUUACAUCAGAAGUCUUGUUCAGUGAGUGGAUGUGUGGACAAUUAGAGACUUAUUUUGGUUCGAAUUUUGAUUUAUGAUAGAAGUAUAGUAUUUAUUAUGCCAAUGUGUAUCUCUUUUGUAAUCAAGUGUUUGAUUUUUUCCUGAUUAAUUCUGGAGAUGGACACAAAUUCUGGAGAUA